AUGGAACUUAUCAAGAAGUACAAGCUAGAUAAUGCUAAGACUAAUAACACUCUAAUGGGUAUAGCAACCAGAUUGGAUGAAGAUCCAACUGGAACUUGUGUUAAUCAAUCUAUAUAUAGAGGUAUGAUAGGUUCUUUACUUUAUCUAAAAGCUAGUAGACCUGACAUAUCUUUUAGUGUAGGUUUGUGUGCCAGGUUCCAAGCAAACCCAAAGGAGUCUCACUUGAAAGCAGUAAAGAGAAUCCUUAGAUACCUGAAAGGAGCUUAUGAUUUGAGUCUCUUCUAUCCUAGAAGUGACUUCUUUGAUUUAAAUGGCUUUAAUGUUGCUGACUAUGUAGGUGAUUUGGUCAAUAGAAAAAGCACUUCAGGUAUGGUACAGUUUUUAGGACCUUCUUUAGUUUCUCGGGGUUCCAAGAAGCAAAACACAGGUGCAAUGUCUACAGCUGAGGCUGAGUACGUGGCAACAGCAGCAUGUUGUUCACAAGUACUUUGGAUAAAGCAACAGGAUAGAGAUUUUGGUAUUAUUUUUUAA